AUGCUGACGCCCACCGUUGCCUACCGAUACCGCUGGCUUUACGCCAUCGGAAACACGCCUGCUACGAAUUUGGCUCGAAGCGUUCCCCACGGUCAGGAUGCAAGCUUACUGUCACUUGGCUGCGGUGACUUGAGGAAUGUUUUGUACACUUCCUAUGUUCAGCAAGGGCUUCCACGGAACCUGGUACUUCUGACCAUGAUAUUGGCUGAUGGAGAAGUUAUCAGCAACGAGGCCCUCUGGGACAUAUACUACCACAUGUACUUGGACGAACAGACCACAGAACUUGUUGCCAGCCAUGCCCAAACGAUUAUUCCCAUGCUGGAAUCGCUUGAUUCGUUUACCAGAGGCCCAUAUGGGUCGGUUAUCAGGUUUUGCGAUGAAGAUACCCUGCAUGAUGUCCGCCACGCUCUUCAGCGAAUUCUUGACGCGGCAAGAAAAGAUGAUAGAGACAAGCAAGCUACUAGGCUAUCUGAGAGUCUCAAAUUGUCUAAAAAAAUGACGGAGGAAGGCUCUAUGAUCCUGACAGGGUUGCGAUCAGCUGCCCCUCUCGCUCUAACGUCCAAGUUUGCCUUGCCUGAGAAUUUCCGACACUACUGGAAAACGGGAAUCACGAUGAUUGAAGGGAAAACUGCCGAGAUACUGAAUCCUAUGGUGGCUGGCCUGUUAUCCGACUGGGAACUUUUUCACUAUGGCAACGAUCCCCUGCUCAGCUUCCAUCUUGCGACUGCAUUCGCAGAUUUGCCAGACAAUUCUCCCUUGAAGCCUGGUAUCGAUGACGAGAAAUACAAAGUUGCUGCAGCUGCUAGGAUACAAUUCUUUGCAUGGGUUGAUGCCUUCAGAAGCCUGAAGAACAACAUGUGUGUUCGCCUUGUCAUUUCAGAUGCCUUCGCAUUCAGCCAUACCCUCCAACAUUCUGAUACGGCCGACCAAGUAUCGGCGAACUGGUACAGGCGUCUGUGGGACUCGAAGGUCCUCUGCUUGGACGAGGCGUCGUAUGGACAUGGUGGCAGUGCGCCGACCAAAUUCGAUGCAAUCGACACCUCCAACUUGUCGGAUCACUUUGAAGUCUUGAACAUUCUCGUAUCCACAUCGCCUCUACUAAAAAAUGAACCGUGGGCAACACUGUUUACCGAGCAGCUCUUGGACAACCGCAAAUCCGGGAAAGAGUCUCUUGACCAUGUGUUGCACGGCCCAUCGUCUACAGUGUCUCUUUUACUGGGCCUUACCCCUUUGCAUUGCUGGACAAAUGCAAAGGCUGAAUCUCACGUAGAUGAGAUUUUUAUAUCAGCGAUGGUCCAAACUGGAGGCACAACUCAGUCUCAGUUUCAUGUUCGUCUGGCAUGGAAGCGUGACGACCAGCUUGGUGGCUAUGGCAUAGAACGACCCAAGAUACAGAUGAAAGCCAAAGACAUCACUGAGAUUCUAUUUGAGAUGUAUUUGGACAUGUUUACAAACGAGAUGGACUCAGAGUCCCGUUAUUUCAGUGGGAGGGAGGCGACCAAUUAUCCCCGUUUCCAUCGUGGGGGGUUCACUGCCUUGCUCAAAGCCAUCCAGGCACGGGUGAAAACCGAUUGGGACUCAGUGCUCGGCGAUUUGCUAAGGAGAAUCGAAGAACAGCGACGGGCUCUCCCCAUGGUAGCAAAACAGGCACAAGGCUUUCGCCUACAGCUAUCUCUCUCCAACCUUUGGAGUAAUGACGACAAGGUUGAUGGGGCUGUAGCAACGAUACCUCGUCAUGGGCCUCUUAGUGGAUGGAAUCAUCUCCCGCCCAUGGUUGCCAUCACUCUACUUGUUCCUCGAAACACAAUCGACUUACUCUAUGGUGAACCUCACCCGUUAAGUCCAAUUCCAACAUUUGUAGGCGCAUUGAAGGCUAGCCGCCAUUAUUCAUCACUCGCUGAGACACUCUACGUGUUCGAUGAUGUUCAUAUUGUUUUUGGCCGAGUGACGAAAACCGGCGACAUGGCCUCAGGAGAUGCAAUCGUGAGCAUAGAAGAAGAUGAGCUCUGUUGGUUAGGAGAAUCGGCAUUGGUAGCAACCUUUUUGGUGCCUACAGCUGUGCUGGUGCAAGAGCCAAUGAUAGACAUGGUUGGCCUGGACUUGACCAUGGCUACUCCUAGUACCGCCCUUAUAAGAACAAGAACAGUACUGGGUGAGAGUACAGUCUAUGAAACUACAUUGUCAAACUCCACCAGAGUGUUUAUAACCAAGCUUAUGCCGGGGACGACAGCGCACAAGGUAACGAGCAGUGGCGUAAGGCCCUUGAAAGAUGAUGUUACCCAGGUGGAUAACGGAGGGCCAAUGACAUUGAUGGCCGAAUUACCCUCGGAUAAAAAAGCCAUCGAAUCUUUAACUGCGCAUAUGCAGAUUUCCUCUGAGAGGGGCCAAAAACUGUUGCAGAAUAAGGCCCCUAUCGAACUGCAGCAGAACGACCCCUUCACCAUCAAUAUCGUGUUUGGCAAAAAAGAGUUGAUAUGCCCGCUCAAAUAUCCUGUUCCUGUGACGAGCAUUGGCAGCAAAACUCGCAUUGCUCGCAAGUCUGGAUAUAUCGAGGUGAUUGCCCCUCUGGCAGACCCGAAGCAGAGCGAGGUCCUGGCAGAUUUUGUUUCCCCGACUGUGCUUGCUCCUCGCGGUCUCCCUGUGGCUGUUAGUCUGCCACAUAUUAACCUUGAUAGGCUUCCUGUUGUUGAUCUGAAAGAAAAGGCGCGCUUGUCAUGGCUGACAACGCUGACAUCUCUGCAAUUCUCUGUGAAAGAGAGGCAGCUAAGAGAUGGGGUGGAUAUAUCGGGAAUUGCAAACGACGUGCGCGUCAAUUUCAAAGAAUCUCUAUUUACCAUAUUCAUGGUUUCUUCUGGCGUACAAGGAAGUCAGACAGGCCUAAUAUUUAUCAAGCAUCCGCAAAAGGGCGGCAUCCAGGCAGUUAUUCUAGUAUCGGCUCUACGGUUGGAUGGUGACCCGGGAUCGGUGGUGCUGGACGCCGCCAUCAUCCCCUUUACACUGAAAAUGCUGGAAUCGGAGACCUUGAGGACGUUCUUGUACGAACUGGACCCUCUUGGGGGUUGCACAGUGAUAGUCGAUGAUGAAGAGCUGGUUCUUUGGAAGAAGACCAUACCAUCUUUCGUCGAGCGAUGCCGAACUUGGAACCAUCUCCCAAGUUGCGAAUACACAAAGAAGGGCGCAACUGUACCGCUGAGCCUUGAACAUGGGCAGCAAUGGCUUUGCUCAUGCGGCAAUGGACAACUACCGAACGAUUUUAUUGCUUUACCUUUGUGGGACAAGGCGGCAGACUACGCGGUGCGGAUUGCAAUCAGCCCAAUAUACCCUGUCCCUUUUGUUGAACCGGUUAUCAAUGAGAAGGAGUUUGUGGUGAAGGAAUCGGCAGACGGAGUUGAGCAAUGUAACACAUGUGGCAAGUCUGAGAAGUCGGACGGGCUGAAGCUGAAGAAAUGCAAGGGGUGUAUGAAGAUCAGUUACUGCUCGACAGAGUGUCAAAAGGCAGACUGGAAGCAGCACAAAAGGGAGUGCGUACGUGGAUAG